CUUCCAAGAUAUUCACACGACAAUCGCAAGACGCCGCAUCGUGAUGCUGCUAGGACGCCGUUCGCUCUCCCUCUCCCAGCAUUCUCACCAUCAUGGCUUCGUCGACGACAUACGAUCUCGCGAAGAUCGCGACGGCGGUGAGCUCAGUCUUGCUGAGAUUGAGCGCGUUUGUGUUUCUGAGAUGGAUUCCUGCGCAGCACUUCCCGCCAAUCAUCUACACAACCUUCCUCACCUAUCUCCCCACAUUCUGGUACAUUUUCACACAUACUAGUCCUUGGAAAGUGAUAGCGGACAAUGUCUUCGUGACGGAGAGGCCAGCGACGCCUGAGCCGGUCCUGGAUGAGAAUGGCGAUAUUAUGAUUGCAGACGAAGAGCUGGUGGUCGAAGAGGAGAUUGAUCUCGUGGAGAAGAAUCCCAGAAUUCUCAAGACACUUCUCACUGGCCUGCCCAGUCCUUCAAGCACACUUCUGAGCCUGAUCACUUUCUUGAUCAAUGUCUUGUUGGUGCUGUUCAGUCUGCACCUCGUUCAUGGAGCACGGCAGUUCUACCCAGCCCACGACCUGUCUUUCGCUCGGACAGGUUAUGUUUCUGAUACUGGGGCAAAGAUCAUGGUCAGAGAGCCCGAUGCUCACCUGUACCCAGUCACUGCAUCCUAUCGUUAUGCUGACCCGCCUCUGCACGCAUGGAGAUCUGACACUUCUUGGAAGUCAGCUGGACAGAUUGAUUGGUUCGAUGAGCGGACAGACUUCACUGAUACCUUCACCUUGAAGGGACUGCACCCGGAUACACGUUAUCAGUGGGUGACCAGCAACAACAAUACUGGUUUCUUCACGACCGCUCCCCAAGCUGGACAGAUCUCAGCGAGAGCCGACAAUCAAAACUUGUUCACGUUCGUGCAUUCCUCUUGCAUUAAGCUCAACUUCCCCUAUGCUCCUUGGAAUCAUCCGCUAUCAGCUCCAGGCUUCCAAAAACUGGCUGAAGGUCUGAAGGGGCUCAAGGCACAAUUCAUGCUGUUCUUGGGAGAUUUCAUCUACAUCGACGUCCCCGGUGGCACUGGCUACAAGCUCGAGGAUUACAGACGCCAAUAUAGACAAGUCUACGCGAGUCCAGACUGGCCAGCCGCAUCGACAGAGCUGCCUUGGAUCCACGUCUAUGAUGAUCAUGAGAUUAGCAAUGACUGGGAUGGCAACACCACUGGUGUGUUUCACGCCGCGAACGAUCCUUAUGAGCAUUAUCACAUAUCUGCCAAUCCUCCUGCGCAUCGCAAGGGCGAAACCUACUUCUCUUUCACGCAAGGCCCGGCAUCAUUCUUCAUGCUGGACACUCGGCGCUAUCGUUCACCAAAUGAUGGCACGAAUGGUUCAGAUCCUAUCACCGGCGAGCCGACAAAGACUAUGCUUGGCCAACAACAAUUGAGCGAUCUACUCGGAUGGCUUAAGAGCCCUGAGCGGGAUGGCGUUCGUUGGAAGGUCGUUGUGUCUUCUGUACCAUUCACCAAGAACUGGUGGUUCGGUGCGCAAGAUACGUGGCGAGGAUAUCUUGGUGAGCGCCAAAUUAUUCUCGAAGCCAUGUGGGAUGUCGGUCUUCGUGGCGGCGUUGGUGUCAUUGUUCUAUCCGGCGACAGGCACGAGUUCGCAGCCACCUCUUUCCCGCCACCUCCAGAAGGAAAGGAGGAAAUCAUUGGCCUUGGACAGCUUGGUAUCGGUGCCAAUCCGCUCUCUCAUAACCGCGAUGCAGCACAUCUCUCACCUGAAGAAAAAUCAGCUCUUCGUACACGGACGAAGCGCUGGCCGCUGAGCGCUACCGUACACGAAUUCAGCGUUUCGCCGUUGAAUAUGUUCUAUCUGCCAAUCAGAACAUACACCGAAUCCUCGACAGAUGAGAGUUACGUCAGCGAUGUCUGCAUCAAGUACCUGCCCGAUGGCAACAGCAAGUUCGGAGCUGUCAGUAUCAGCAAUCCCAAGAAUUCGGAUCAGAGCGUCUUGACGUAUCGACUAUUUGUGGAUGGUGUUGAGACCUGGAGUUACACCUUGACAACUCCACCCGACGUGAGAGGUGGAUCAAGAAGCAAGGACGCCAUCUGGGGAUGAAGCUAGACCUAGAAUGUCAUAUUAUUAAUUGCUUCUUGGGGAAUAGGAACAUCUUGGCAGGUGUUGGUUUAUUUGCUUAUUCUCGCUGGACACCUGCUUGCAUACGAGCUUGGUAUCUGUAGCCAGUGAGCCAAAAAGGACCUCUGUUCUAGCUGCAGUUGGUUCUAUAUCCGACUUGUCGCUGAUGAACGAUCGUUUCCGUUCGCUCGAGACUAGAGACGACA